AUGGCGGGCGGUGGCGCGUUUCCUCCUCUCUCCCUUAAGGCAGCGGGGUUGCGCUGGAUUGAGGUGUUUUGCUCGAUCUCCAUCUUUUCGGUGUCCUUGGCCAUUGCUUAUUGGGUAGCUGUGAGAUUCGGUUCCGUCACUGGGCUUCUCACUCUGGCGUUUCUUUGGUUUGUUGGUGCUCUCAACUUUCUGAAGCACCUCUUCCAAUUAGUGUCCGUGACUGGCGGCGGGGCGGACUAUCAAGAGAUGUUGCGGCGAGCGGAUGUGAUGCAGCGGCCAAAUGUACAAAAAACAUCUGACUUUAACGAGAACGCUGGGCUCUCUUAUGGAUUGAGUUGCAUGCAAGGAUGGCGUAGAAGUAUGGAGGAUGAUCAUGUGGUGCUGCUUGAAGAGGAUGGAGGUUUUUUUGGUGUUUUUGAUGGCCACAGUGGUUCAAAUGUUGCGAGGUUUUGCGCAGGGAAUUUGUUUGAUUUUGUCUCAAGGACCGCAGCGUUUAAGGAGGGGAACUACACAAAGGCUCUUUAUGAUGGGUUUCUUGCCAUUGAUAAGCACCUAUAUGCCGCAUUCUCAAACGAAAGGAGCGGCUGCGCUGCAAUUGUCUUAUAUGUGAAGGAUGAUGACGUGUACUGCAGCAACGCUGGGGACAGCCGGUGCGUGCUGUGCCGUGAUGGGGAGCCAUUGCCUCUCAGCAAUGAUCACAAACCAUUUCUUCCAGGCGAGUUGUCAAGGAUAGAAAGGGCAGGUGGAUACGUAUGGAAUCACCGCGUGAAUGGGGCGCUUGCUCUUAGCCGAGCCAUUGGAGACUUUCUUUUCAAGUGCAACACGCAGGUGCCGUGGGACCAGCAGGCCGUUACGAGCGCCCCAGAGGUGCGUUUUACGCGCUUAAAUCGUGAACAUGACGAGUUUGUCGUUAUCGCCUGUGACGGUAUAUGGGAUGUGCUUAGCAACGAUCAAGUAGUGGAUUUUGUGCGCCGGCGCAUCCACACACGGGUUCCGUUAGAUAAGAUAGCCGAAGAACUUAUUGAGCGAUGCCUCUCCCCGCGACCGUUUGGUGUCGGUUGCGAUAACAUGUCGGUUGUGAUUCUUCAAUUCAAGCGACCAACGCCUUCUCGCCCUGCUCCACAGACCGUGCAGAGGGCACAAGCCGGCGACGAUGACACAAAAGCUGCAGCGGACGGUGCCAGAACAGGCUCAAUGGAUGCUCACGGGCAGGAGAAUAACAAUCUGCGGCAUCAUAGCACUGAGGACGCUGACACCACGCCAGAGGAAGGACAGUAUUUCUGGUGGUGCAAUGAGAGGGACGUAUACUCGUAA